AUGGCUGCAAAGUUGCUGCAUUCUUUAGCUGAUGAUAAUCAAGAUCUGCAGAAGCAGAUUGGUUGUAUGACUGGAAUUUUUCAACUUUUCGAACGGCAUCAGAUACUCACGGCUCGCCAGAAGAGACUUGCUUCUGGUAAUUUGCAUUUCAGUGAUGGAAGCAUGGAAAGAGAUUCUGAUAGCAAUCAUAGUCUACAACAUCGACAAAUAGCAAAUGAUACGAGCUUAAACCGGGGUGUCAAUGAAAAGCAAAGAGUUUCGACGGAAUCAUCAAGAGCAUCAUUCUCGUCUUGUUCAUCAUCGUUGUCUUCUUUGGACUUUAAGGCUGAAGUUGAGACUUCAUUUGAAAUUCCUUCACGGGAAACAUUUAUGAACCAACCGUCUAUCUCUCCCCGUUUUGGACGUCAUUCACUUGAUCUACGUGAUGUUGUGAAGGAUUCAAUGUAUAGGGAUCCUCGAGCGCUAUCUUCAAAAUCUACAUCCAAAGAGCAAUCUUCUGUUCAUGCCAUGAAGCAUAGGGAUUCACCACGACCUCUUCAUCAGUCGAAAUAUGUUGAUAGAUCUUAUGGUGUUGAAAUAGACGAGAAGCAAAUUUUGCCUAUUGAUCUAAAGGAGUCUAUUCGUGUCCUUUCGAAGCUUCGAGAAGCACCUUGGCACUAUGGAGAUACUACUAGAGAACUUCCAAGAUCGUUGCAUGAAGUAAAAGAUGGACACUGGAAUUCCGUCUCCAAGGAUGCUCCUUGGUUAGCUUAUGAUGGAAGAGAAAUGAGUCGUUUGUCUUUUGAAUCGCGGGAGACGAUCAAAUCCACGCCAAAGCUAAAAGAAUUUCCUAGGCAUUCACUCGAUAGUAAGGAAGGUUCGUGGCGCACUUAUAACUCUGAUUCGAAGCCUAACCAUGGCUCGAGAAACGUUUACGGCGCCACCUCCACCUCCAAUGAAAAAUUCUCUAGUCCGCCACAGUCUUCAUCAACACAAAAUCGGCUACCAAGUGUUGUUGCAAAACUAAUGGGCUUGGAAGCAUUACCUGAUUCGUCUUCAGUCGGCGAAACCCAAUCAGGUUCAACUGAAACUUACUCAGUUCAAGGUAACGGUCAGAUUCCAAGAUUAUCGAAAAAUGGAUUCAUAAAACCGCUUCGAGUUUCCAACUCGCCAAAAAUGUCAUCAAAAGAUCCGAUUUCGCCAAGGCGGAAAAAUCCUGACGUGGUUAUGAGACCAGUUUCUAGUUCAAAGUUUCCGAUUGAACCAGCACCUUGGAAGCAACAUGACGCAAAUAGAAAUUCUCAGAAACCAAGUUUAAGGACAACGAAAGCUCAAGCAAGAACACCGGAAUCAUUUCCUUCGGUUUAUAGUGAGAUAGAGAAGAGAUUGAAGGACCUUGAAUUCAAACAAUCUGGAAGAGAUCUUAGAGCACUAAAGCAGAUACUAGAAGCAAUGCAAGAAAAGGGGCUGUUAGAGAGCCGAAAAGACGACCAGGUUCCAAACGCAGGUGGAAGUCGAGGUGACUAUGAACCGAAACCUACAAAUCUAAAUCACAAUUCAAGGUCGGGAAAGCAACAAAAUCAUCAGAGAAACAAUUUUCUGUCAUCUACAAUCAAGGGAGGUGACUCAGCAAGAGCUUUUGAUUCUCCAAUAGUGAUAAUGAAACCGGCAAAACUUGUUGAAAAAUCCGAGAUCUCGGCUUCUUCAGCUAUUCCAAUCGGUGGUUUUUCUGCUUCCCAUAAUAGAAACAACAUAUCUUCUCCUCUAAAAGAUCAGUCUCCGAAGAAUAUUCGCAGGGAUGCUUCUCCGAGUUCCACCGAAAAGAAAACAAGUAUUACCAAGACUACUGGAUUAUCACAUUCUCAAUCAAGGUCUCAAAAAUUCCCAAAAGAAAGUAACCAAAGUCCAGUGAAGAAUUCAGGUUCCGUGAGUCCGAGAUUGCAACAGAAGAAGUUGGAGUUAGAGAAGCGAUCUCGUAUACCUACUUCACCAUCAGAUCCAAACAAAUCAAGAAGACAAUCUGGUAAAAAGGCACCGGAAUCGGUUUCCCCGGGUGGAAAAGUACGACACAAAGACAAAGUCGUCAACUCACAGCAUAGUGAAGAGCAAAUGAGUGAAAUAAGCAAUGAUUCUCGAAAUUUUUACCAAGGAGAUGAAAUUUCUCUUCCAUCAGACGGCAUCACCGUCAACUCAAAAGUGGAUAUUGAAGUCACUAGUAGUUUACGGACUAACGUAACCGAUGUCAGCCAAAGUCCGUCCUUGAAAGCUAUGAAGCAAUUGGUUUCAGAAACAGUUCAGAAAAAAUCAACUCCAAUGUUGGAUGAAGAUGAUACAAUUCAGGAACUUGCAACAAAGUCCCUGGAACAUCCAAGUCCUAUCUCGGUUCUCGAUGGAUCUGUGUACACAGACGAUGCUGCAUCGCCAGUAAUGCAGAUAUCUAAAGAUCCAAAAGCUGGUAAUGAUCAAGAAUCCAAAGACAAUGAUGUCAAAGAUCAAUGGAAGCCCGAUGAUGGCCUUUCAUUUAACAGCACAGGAUCCGGAGAGAUCAAUCGCAAGAAAUUGCAAAGCAUCGAUCACCUCGUUCAGAAGCUUAGACGGCUAAACUCAAGCCAUGACGAAGCUAGAAACGAUUACAUUGCUUCACUAUGCGAAAACUCAAAUCCUGACCACCGAUACAUAUCUGAAAUACUACUAGCCUCAGGUCUCUUACUCAGAGACCUGAGUACUGAAUUCCUGACAUUUCAACUACACUCAUCGGGUCAUCCUAUUAACCCGGAGUUAUUCCUUGUCUUGGAACAAACCAAAGCAAGUAGUUUGCUUUCAAAAGAAGAAACCACCACCUUAGAAAAAUCCGCUUUCUCAAAGCAAAACGCUGAGAAAUUUCACCGAAAACUCAUCUUUGACUCCGUAAACGAAAUCCUCGGUGCAAAACUAGGCUAUUCUUCCGAACCAUGGUUUCAACCCAACAAACUCACAAAGAAAAACCUUAGUUCUCAAAAGCUUCUCAAAGAACUAUGCUUCGAGAUAGAAAAAGUCCAAGCCAAGAAAACUGAAACCUGCCUAGAAGACGACGAAGAGGACGACGGUCUAAAGAGUUUGCUGUGUGAAGAUGUGAUUCAUGGAUCAGAAUGUUGGGAAAAUUUCAAUGGUGAAAUACCUGGAGUUGUGUUGGAUGUUGAGAGAUUGAUAUUCAAGGAUUUGGUGAAUGAUAUUGUGAUUGGUGAAGCUGCUGGUUUGCGAGUCAAGUCGUCGGUUCGGCGCAGGAAACUGUUUGGAAAGUAG